GCGCGCUACCGGAACGUUUCGAACGUGUUGGUCUGUUUUUAGGGGACAGAUUUCAGCGACGUACCAGAACAAGAAGUCGCGUCCGGGUUUGUUAUAUUCAAGCGACGCAAGCAGCGCUCAAGUUGUGUAAAGUAUGGCCGAGACCACAGAAAGCCAGCGGAACUACGAGGAGAUGUUUUCCCACAGAUUUACAUCGGACGAUAAAGAAUACCAGCAGUAUGUGAACCGUCCAGCUGACCCUCCACCCAUUGUGGAGGGCUGGAGGAGUCGUGGAGGUGGAGGUGGAGGCGGAGGCAGGGACAGGUACCAGGACCGUCGAGGCCGAGGCUGGGGAGGAGGCCGAGGCUGGGGAGGGGAACGGGACCGGGGCUGGAGAGGGGGCCAGCAUGGACAGCAAAGCUGGCACGACCGAGACAGGGAUAGAGACAGGGACAGGGACAGGUCCAGAGAUAGAGAUAGAGAUAGAGACUGGGACAGAGACAGAGAUAGAGACGGGGACAGGCACUCUGGUUAUGGUGGUGGUCAUCGAUCAGGUCCCCCAAGCUACAACGAUGGACAUAACUCUACUCAUCAGAGACCCCAAUAUGACCGCUACUGAUUCUAAUCGCUCAGGUGUUAUCAGUGUUUAAAGUAUUUACAGUCUCAACUCUCAUUGCAUUACCAUCAUUUGUUUGACUGUCUUUCCACUGUCUCGUAUGCAAGUUUGAGCAGUACAUCAACGUCGACUGUCAACUAUUAUACUUAAAGUUAAAAAAUGCCACGCAAAUUUGCGGUCAGAUCUUCCCCAAAUUAUUUCUUUAAUCACAUUAAAUCUGAACUCUCUGACAAACAUUUUCUUAUUUAACAUUUCAGAUUUGUGUAUGUUUGGUUGUUAUGUGUAAAGGUUGCUUUGUGGAGCAAUAGUUUGGUGGCUACAUCUAGAUAUGCUCUGAUAUUGCAGUAUUACAAAUCAGUACAGUAUUGUUGCAGACUGAAUCACAAUUCAGUAGAAAGAAAAUCUGCUUUAUUUUUCUGUGUCCCGUUAUGUAAAGAUACGGAUGAACUGAACUGUUUUCAUUAAACAUGUAUUUUCUAAAGUA